AUGAAACUGGCCAGAUUCGGCUAUGACGACUGGGAAAGCUACGGCCUGGUGGAGGGCGACCGCGUCAGCGUCAUCCAGGGCAGCAUCUUCCGCGAGCACACCGUCACCGGCGUCUCCUACGCCCUCAGUGAGGUCAAGCUGCUGCCGCCCACCCAGCCCACUGCCUAUUGGGCCGUGGGUCUCAACUACGCCGCCCACAUCGCCCACCAGGAAGAAGCCCUGGACGCCGAGCGCAUCCAGCGGGACUCGUCGGCCUUCCGGCCCUGGCAGAAGGGGGCCAACUGCAUCAUCGGCCCCGGCGAGAACAUCGUCCUGCCCGCCGAGUCCGAUUAUGUCCACUAUGAGGGAGAGUUGCUGAUAGUCAUUGGGAAGCCGGCCCGCCGCGUGUCCGUGGAGGACGCACCGAACUAUAUCUUGGGCUAUUCCAUCGCCAACGACGUCAGCGGCGAGGGUUCCUGGGCCGCCGACCUGUCCAACUGGCGGCGCAAGAUGUGCGACACCUUCGGCCCCGUCGGCCCGUGGAUUGAGACCGACGUGGACCCCCACGACCUGGAGAUCAUCACCCGCCUCAACGGGCAGGAGCACGACCGGGGCAGCACGUCGGGCAUGAUCUACGACUGUUACUACACCGUCAGCGGCAUCAGCCAGUUCGUGACCCUGCGCCCGGGUGAUCUCAUCCUCACCGGAGCCCCAGGGUCGGUGGAGCAGUUGCACCACGGCGAUGUGGUGGAGAUUGAGAUUCCAGGAAUCGGCACGCUGUCCAAUCCGGUGGUGGCUGAGGAGGUUUAG